GAGGGCAUAAAUGUCUCAUGGCGUGUGCCGCGUCAAUAAAGCCACGAUCCUUUAUGUAAACGCCAUAAAACACCUGUAAAAGAAAGAAGAAAGUUCUCGAAAGGCGGUGUCGUCUCUGUAAAAAUCGAAACCCUAACUCUUGAAGAUUCUUAUUGGCAGCGUUUCUUUCACCGGAAAAUGGCGUCAUUCGAACAAGCACCAGGAGGCGAUGCUAAAGUCGGAGAGAAGAUAUUCAAAACCAAGUGCGCUCAGUGCCACACCGUCGAAAAAGGAGCCGGUCACAAGCAAGGGCCAAAUCUGAAUGGUCUUUUUGGAAGGCAAUCUGGCACCACAGCAGGGUAUUCUUAUUCUGCUGCCAACAAGAACAUGGCUGUGACCUGGGGAGAGAAUACACUCUAUGACUACUUGCUAAACCCUAAGAAGUAUAUCCCUGGAACAAAGAUGGUUUUCCCUGGAUUGAAGAAACCACAAGAUCGAGCUGAUCUUAUUGCUUAUUUGAAGCAAUCAACUUCUUGAAUGAUAAGAUUUCAUUCCUUUUAUUUUCAAUGGGACUUAACUACAUCACAUACUGACUUUUGUUGCAAAUAACUUCAUGUCAUAUGUUGGACAUGGCUUCAUGGACAUAUAUGCAUGUUCUUAGGUUUCGGGUAUCCCUUUUAUGAGGCACUUAUUGUAAUUUUUGUGUCGAAUUAGAACAAAUACUUUGGGAAACAAGAUUUAUAUCUUUUGUUUGGUGGCAAAUGGCAAUGGCAUGUUGGGUUUAAUAUAAAUUGGUAAGAAUGCAACAUCUGUGUAUUAUAUGGUGACACCUUAUGAUAAUGGUUAAAAGGCUAAUGGAAAUAUGAGGUUAGAAAUGAUAGGACACAAAAUGAUGUGUGUCACCCGUUUGAAACUCAC